AUGUUUUUGGCAAAGGUUAGGUCUCCAAUGACCCAAAUAGAGCGGCAAGCUGCAAAAGAAAUUUUCGCCUCAGCAUCCGCACCAUUUGCAGGAGGUACUAUUGGGGCUAUCGAUUGCACUCAUGUGUCAAUCAUGAGCCCAAAACAUCAUGAAGAAGCGUAUGUCAACCACCAUGGGUACCAUUCUAUCAAUGUGCAAAUGAUAUGUGAUCCAAAUCUAAAGAUUUUGGCUGUCAAUGCUAAAUACCCAGGAGCGCGACACGAUUCAUUUAUUUGGAGCUCCUCUGCAGUCCGGAGAGUUAUGCAGCGAAGUUUUGAAAAUGGAAACCAUAACAUGUUUUUGAUUGGUGACUCAGGAUAUCCCUUGGAGCCGUGGUUGAUGACUCCUCUACCUAACCAACCAGAAGGGAGUCCUAAAUUCCGCUACAAUGAGGCAUUAUGCAAAGCUCGAAACCCAGUCGAAAGACUUUUUGGCGUUCUCAAAGGAACUUGGCUUGGCAAAGGACUCUUUUGUAUGAUCCUGGAUUUAGUGGAAAAGUAG